UUAGUUUCUUGUUGAGAAAUGAUAAAGUAUACUUUCUGUUUACGAAGAUUCUUUUUCUUUUUUAUUAUUAUUUGUUCUAUAGAGUAAAUUUAGGUUUUCGUUUAUUGACAACAAGGGCAUUAACUCAGGAAGGACAGUUUAAAUGGGGUUGUGAGCUUCGUCAAUGGCAACUGGGUCGCAGAGCACUGGAAUGCUGAGUAGAGAACAGCUUUGUUAUCUUUUCGAUCAUUUUACUUUCCUUACUUCCGAACCUGAUGUGAAGAAAAGAAUUGCAGAAGCCGUACGGGAUAAGCAGGAAGCUGUUGCUGUGACUACUGCAAUACAGGAAGAGAUACUCUUGGAGAUGGGUGUUGACCCAAGAUUUGGUAUAUCCUGCCUGGGAAAAGUCAGUACUGUAUAUGACAAUGACCGGGAUUUGGUGAUUCAGUUUUAUAAAUUCCUUUCAAAAGAAGAGAUGGCCUGCGAUGAAGCAGAGCUUGGAGAAGAAGCAUUUGCAGAAAAAAUGCACACUCAACAAAAAUUACAUGAACAGCAACUAGAGAUGCUGAAGUACAUGCGCAAGUUUCACUUGGAUGAUCAAUCUGCCAUCCUUGAGAAGUUACACCAGCAGAUGGAAAAUGGCAAUUAUGAAAGCGAUACGUCCAUUUUAUCAGCUGAACAAAUCGAAGAGAUUGUUCCAAGGAAGGUGUCCCCUCUGUAUGCGCCAAGGUAGACCCAGAAGCUGGCGUUAUUUUUGGACCCAUUUGUUAAAUUAAGUUGAGACAUAUUUGGGGUUCAAGUGUUGCUUUCACGACGUUUAUUUUGAAUUUGCUCAUUUCCUCAAUCCAUGACACUUAUUAUGUACAUUACAUUUACCUCCGACACUUCAAUACGUUAUCAGAUCUUUUCAUUUUAUUCCUAUGUCGGAGCUGCUGUAAUUCGGAAGAAAUCUUGCGU